AUGGCGAGUACCGAGCUCCGAAUUGGGAGCCAGCCGGCGCUGUAUCCAUCCCAUCCUCUGGCUCCGACCUAUCUGCGGCGUGAUCUCCCGGCUGUGGAUGUAAGGAAUCUCUGGCGGCUGCGUGACGAGGGCAAUUGCCCACUCCCGAACAGCAAGAGCGCCACAUCUUCGAGCUUCUCGGCUUCCAAGCACUCCGUGGAGUUUGCGUCGGUUAGCAGCUUUCGGGACACGCUACGCAAGCACACCCGGUCACCUUGCAGCCCAUCCCAGAAGUACAAGUUUGGGUCUGCGACGGCGCAUGAGAUCGGAUGGUUUCUCGAAGAAUCCCCGAUUCAGAAGAUCGGGCUGCGAAGACCCAAGCAUGGGCUGAAAGAGUCCGAGACCACGCGUUACUACAACAACAUGAAGGCGACACUUUCUGAGGCAUCUCUGCGCCUGAUUUUGCCUUAG